AUGCCACAGAUUGUGAGCUUGAGUAACACACCGGUUAUCAAGCAUGUGGAGUUUUUGAAAAAUUGUGGGUUCUCAUUAGAUCAAGUGAAAAAGAUGGUCGUUGGGUGUCCACAGUUGCUUGCCUUGAAUAUGGAUAUAAUGAAAUUAAAUUUUAAUUAUUUUGAAAGCAAGAUGGGACGAGAGUUUGAUGAGUUAGCUGAUUUUCCGGCUUUUUUUGCUUAUGGUUUGGAGUCGACUAUAAGACCAAGGCAUCAGAUGGUUGCUAAACAGGGACUUAAAUGUUCUCUUGCUUGGCUUCUUAACUGUUCUGAUGCGAAAUUUGAGGAACGGAUGAAUUAUGACACGAUAGAUAUGGAGGAGAUGGAAGAUGAUUCCUCAUUUGAUAUGAAUACUUUAAUGGAACCCAGAAAUGAUGGAUCGGAUUCUGAUUUUGAUGAGGACAGUGAUGAAGACUACUUGUAGCAUAUUGAUUAUGCUAGCACAAGAAUGGAUUUAAUGGAGCCUACAUGAUCUCAAAAUAUUAUGAGGUAUGUACCAUAUCUUACAUUAUGUCACUUUAUUUUUGUCUCUCCCAUGUAUUAGUUUUCA